AUGGAGCUCCAUAGCGAAACUUUCUGCGAUCUAUCUCAACUCUAUACGAUUAAAGAAUCCACUUUCGAAUCUACUUGCGAAUCUACUAAACAUGAGGGCAUCAGUUUUAUAGAAGAACUCGAAGAAUUCAUCCAAAUACCUUCAAGUUUACUAAACAAGGAGACAAGGAAGAACGUAGAACCAAAACCUGAAAUUGACGAUGACGAUAAAGCACUCUCCAAUAUUCUUGAUUUUGUGGUGGAAAUGGAAGAGCUGGCCGAGAAAAGACGUUUACUAAGGCAACCAGAACAAUUUCAGGUGCAACAUAAUGCACCCGGUAAUAUUUUAAACCGACAGUACUACAGACCACCCAUGCAAGUGCAAGAGAUGAAAAGGUUGGGAUCUGGAAAGGAGAAGACCCAUCAGUGUGUGAGUUGUGAUCUUUGGUUCACCAGUGAAGGUUUCUUGCAGAGGCAUUUGAAAUCUACCGUCCAUAAGAACAGGUCUUAUUGUAGAAGGUCUAAGAUGAUCUCUCAAGGUAACACUUAUGUAAUGAGUUACCAGUUUGCACCAUACUAA